UAGCUGCGCUCUUGCCCCUGCCCUGUCUGUAGAGUCCUUUGUAUGAAUUGCGAGCAAACAGGCAAUCCUACCGUGCCCCAUUCGCUUGCAGAUGACUGUAGCCGCUGGAUAGAAACAACUACUGUCGCUGCAAAUGCAUCUGUCAGAAAGAGAAAGACGCGCAAUAACUUCUUCAACAAUCGAGUGAUAGCCUACAGCUUUCAAAGUUACACCGUUUUACCUUCGUUUACCAAGUCCGUCGUUGAUAGUGCGACGUACGUUGAUAAUGUAAGUUUUUUUCUUUCUUCUGUAAAACCGCGAACGCAUGUGAGAGCAUCACAGUUUGCCAUUUUUAGCAUCCAACCCUAGACUUUUGCCAAGUUCGACCAUCGGUCUUUAUAGUACCUUCAACUUUUGAGGACUCAAAAGUAGACGCCGGAGUGGAAAAGCUUGUGUGGAGAUUGAUGUUUUACUGAAAUGGACGUGAGAGUAUAUCCACCUCCRCCACAGUCUUUAUCAGCAACAGAUUCUUCCCGAUUGGGACCAUUGCAGUAUCCUGAUUCCCCGUACUGCAAUAAGUACAACAGUGAGACCAUGUUCCUGGGCAUGCCAGAGGCUGGCCUGGACUUUGUGCCAAACAACCAGUUCCGUGUGCCUCCCAACCCCCACCAGACGCAGACCAGCACCAAGCAGACUGGACCCCUGUGGAAACGAGAAGGCCCUGCUCACUCCGAUGGCCCCCGGCUACCCUGGUCCUACCCAGUGCCCAGUUUGGGGGAUGAAGACUUCAACAUUCCCCCCAUCACGCCUCCCACCAUCCCAGAACACAUGCUGCACCCCCACCUACCGGAGUCGGAGUCCGGCUCCUACCACCCGCUGGCCCCCUCUCACUCCCAGAGUGGCCUGCACCCCUUCCACCUGCAGGGAAUGGACAUGAUGGGUCAGGAUGGAGGGCUGUUGAGCCAAAAUGGCGGCCUAAUGUCCAGCACCCUGUCUGUGAUGCAACAAAUGGUCAACUCCGAUUCCCGGUACAGCAGCCAUCAGCCAAUGGAAGCGCUCAGACCCAGGAGCCAAUCAGGCAUGGGACAUCAGAGUCAGCUGACCACCAUCAACCAAUCACAACUCAAUGCCCAGUUGGGACUGAGCGGGAACAACGUUACCCAUAAUUCCCCAUCUCCCCCUGGGAGCAAGUCGGCCACACCCUCUCCUUCUAGUUCCGUACAUGAGGAUGACAAUGAAGAAUCAAUAAAGGCAGAGAAGCGACCGGCAGUGGUCGAGACUCCCAAAAAGCCCAAGACCCCCAAGAAGAAGAAGAAGAAGGACCCCAACGAACCCUCGAAGCCAGUUUCUGCCUACGCCCUUUUCUUCAGAGACACCCAGGCAGCCAUCAAGGGCUCCAACCCCAAUGCUACCUUUGGAGAGGUGUCCAAGAUAGUAGCCUCCAUGUGGGACGGCCUCGGAGAGGAACAGAAACAGGUACGACACCUAUAUCUGUCCUUUUAUCUCUCCCCUCCUCCCACCCUCCUCAGUCUCCAGUUCCAAUCGCCUCCCACCUGCCCGCGUGCACCGCAUACCAACCGAGACAUCACCAUGCUCCAAAUGUUGUUGGCUCGAGUGAGGACCGCAGGCCAGUGUUUGCUAGUCAUCCCCUCACCACACAUGGCAACCCCUCAUGUGAAUACCCACACCACCCACCACCACCAGCAACAACAGUCCCAGCAGCACCAGGCCGGCCUCAGCCCCCACCUGUCCCCCCUCCAGGGUCUCUCCCGGGGGGUGACCCCGCGGCCCAGUGGACCCCAUUCAGGUGGGGUGUCUCUGGGCAGCAUGGCGGCGGUGUCCCCCCCUCCUUUCCAGAUCAGCCCGCCGCUCCACUCCCACUCCCACCUAGGAAUGCACCACCAGCAACAGCUCGGAGGACACCCGCUGUCUCUGCACUCACCCUCAAUGGGACAGGGAUUCCCUCUCCAAUCAGAUUUCCAGAACAUGCUCAACUCGUCCGGUGGGCAGGGACUGUCCCCAUCCAUGGACUACAGACAGGUGUGUCGGAAUGGGCCCAGCCAGCACCUCGACUGGACCAGCGAAUACUGUGGCAAUGGAGCUCUUCAGAGAGACAAGCCUCUGUUCCUGACCUGAUCUGACCUCUAACCUCUACACACCUCCACUCAACCACCCAUGGACCGGAUCGCAACCAGACCCGGUCCACAUUCAGUCCCACUCUUUAUUCACUGAACCAAGGCAUGAUUAUCCUCUCCCCCAGUAGAAAGUCCUUGACCACCACCCCCCAUUCUGGCUGAACCAUCUGACCAACUGACCGUCACUCAAAAACAAGAAAGACAUAAGCACAUAUUGCAAAACAUCCAUAUUUUGAUAUUUGUGGUUCUUUAUGAUCUACCUUGAAAAAAAAUCAUACUGAUGUUAUGAGUGGGUUUCGGAUAGUUUUGUAACAAACACCCUCCCCUGAUAUUAGAUUUAAAAAAUGUAAAGUUCUGGACUUUUUAAUUGUUGGAUGGCCAUAAAGGCAGAAAGGAAAUGUGCUCAAAGAGUUGAACGAAUAGGCAGCACUGUCAUAUCUACUGAUGUGUGGUUGGAUCGUUACUGAUAUAUCGUUAGAUUGUGUUUUGAGGAAGACAAGCUGAUGACCAUUUUUUGAUCAUGACCGUUGUUCAAAUCCCAGAAGUUAAUUUAGCACUUAGGGGCUUUUGGGGCUUUUUUUCUCCACACAUAGCAAGAUGUAAACCAAAACCCCAAACUAACAGACCUUUUGAAAGGAAAGACAAGAUGUUUUAGCCUUUGAAAGAAAUUAACAAAGAACACAUGUAUUAUAUUUCUAUCACUCUUUCUCUCUCUGUCUCUCUCUGUCUCUCUCUUUUUCUCUAUGUCUCUCUCUCUCUCUCUGUCUCUCU